AUGGAAAUUCUAGGAAUUGGUUGCAUUUGUACGAAAACGGGAUCCACGAGUGAAGGCAUAUCGCUCAUAUCCGCCUACCACGAGAACGAGCACGCCAUGGCAGCUCAUCGUGCUCAUUUGGAAGAACUCACACAACAACUUGCUGAGGAAGAUACAGCCACUGAAGAAGAGGAUGAAGAUGGGGAAACGCUGCCAUAUUGUGUCGUCUGUGAUAAGUCGUUUAAGACUCUAAAUGCAAAGCUCAACCAUGAGAAUUCGAAACAGCAUAGAAAGCAAUUGUCAGAUUUGAAGAAGCAUAUGAAGGAGGAGGAUCAAGUUUUGUUCGGUGAGUAUUAUGUAUUUGCUAACUUCUAUCUCUUUUUUCAUGCUGUCUCACCGCUAUUUUACAAGUUUCCUUGA